CAGUCAUUACGGUAAUAAUGGCGCUUCGCUUAUGUGUCCGGAAGUGUUUUCGAAAGCUCGGCCAAAUCCCAAAUAUUUUCCUUAUCCCCUCUAAACGUGCACUACUUAGGGUUUGAAAGAAUGGCGUAUUCCGGCUAAGUAGUGCUCUAGGUGUCAGAAAGGAAGUGGUUUAGGAUCGAGCCGUUGUAGAACUGACGUUCCACAGUUGGUUACGGGGACCGGCGGAGAGUUUGGUGUGGACUGGCGGCGAUUUAACGGGACUGCUCCGGUAUGGGCCUGUUAGCGCGCGUGCGGAAGGAAUGGUUCAUUGUCGGUAUCGCGCUCGCGAUCGCUUCGGCCAAGCUCGCGCCGUCCGUCGGGGUGAAAGGAGGUCCUCUUCGGCCCGAGAUCACCAUCACCUACAUAGCAGUGUCCGCCAUCUUCUUUAACAGUGGUCUGUCCUUAAAGACUGAGGAGUUGGCGAGUGCUUUAUUGCACGUGAAGUUACAUCUGUUUGUUCAGACAUUCACUCUGGUCUUUUUCCCUGUGGCCAUCUGGGCUCUUCUCAAAGUCCUGGCACUCACUGCAAUUAAUGAAUGGCUUCUUAAAGGGUUACAGACAGUGGGUUGUAUGCCUCCUCCUGUGUCCUCUGCCGUCAUCCUCACUAAAGCUGUUGGGGGAAAUGAGGCUGCAGCUAUUUUCAACUCGGCGUUUGGGAGCUUUCUAGGGAUCGUUGUCACACCGCUGCUGCUGUUGCUGUUUCUUGGAUCAUCCUCCGCAGUACCAUUCUCCUCCAUAUUCUCUCAGCUCUUCAUGACCGUAGUUGUCCCUCUUAUAGUUGGGCAGGUGUGUAGGAGGUUCCUGAGGGAGUGGCUGGAGAGGCGGAAGCCUCCGUUCGGUACAGUGAGCAGCGUCGUUCUGCUCAUGAUCAUAUACACCACAUUCUGUGACACGUUCUCCAACCCAGACAUCGAGCUGGACCACCUCAGCCUCCUCAUCAUUGUCUUCAUCAUUUUUACCAUUCAGUUCACAUUCAUGUUACUGACUUUCUUCUUGUCUACCAGGAAGUCUUCAGGCUUCACAGCAGCUGAUUCUGUAGCAAUACUUUUUUGCUCUACGCACAAAUCCCUUACUUUGGGUAUCCCCAUGCUGAAGAUUGUAUUCGCAGGCUUUGAGCAUCUCUCGCUCAUAACAGUGCCUCUGCUCAUCUAUCACCCCGCUCAGAUCCUCCUGGGCAGCAUCCUGGUGCCGACCAUCAAAGCCUGGAUGAACACGAGUCAGAAGUCUGCCAUUUUAGUGCAGUAAUCUGCAUGUCUUUACCUCCUCCACAAGUCCGCCCUGAAACUGACCAACCUGCAGCCCAUCUGAGAGAAUUAUAAAUAAAUAUACCACAGACUGAAACAUAACGGAACCCAAAGCUGACUUGACCUGCAGUUCUCUGUCAUCUCUGGUAAAGGAUAAGGGACGUUUACUGGGAUGAAGUGAUGACCAAGUGCCUUAACGCAACUAGCGGGACCUCAGGCAGCUUCAGCGGCUCGCCUCUCUCUCUGUCUCUCUCUCUCUCUCUCUCUCUCUCUCUCUCUCUCUGUGUGUGUGUGUGUGUAUGGUUGCUGUGUGCAUAUAUGUGCAUAUAUAUAUGCGCUCUCUCUCUCUCUCUCUCUCUCUCUCUCUUUGUGUGUGUGUCUGUCUCCUUUUCUUUCUGCAGGGAAAUUAUUUUACGAGCUCAAAGUUAUUCCAUGAGCGUGUUUUUUUUUAAUAAAUGUGAAUGUACAGCUUUAUUUUUAUAUGAAGUGCUUUAUGCUUUGCACACUGACAACACAAUGAGAACAUUUCCUUUUGUUAAAUUGUUUAAUUGUUUUUUUUCCCCCUCCUUAUUUUAUUUUUAAUCAUUAUUAGCGGCCCAGUUGCCUGACCUGUUCGAUCUGUUAUUCAGUUUCAGGUUUUUGUAUGUGUCUCUCUGGUGUAGGGACUUUUAGGUCAGUGUUCUAGACGUUACAGCUGCAAGAUAUGGAAAUAAAUCAUAUUGCUGUUACGUUCGACGUAUUAUGACCUUUAAUUCCAAACCAGGUUAAAGUAAGAGCUGUGUUAUUGGACCAAACAGACUUUUGGAUGUUGUGAUUCCAGACUUUCAGGAUGAUUACUAACAUGUACUGUGUUUACAGGUUUAAGGGUGAAUCUGAAUUUUGUCCUUCUGCAAAAUAUCAGUAUUGCAAAGUUUAAUAUCACUGUAACGAUUAACAAACAAUUUACUGUACAACUUUACUGGGCAUCAGUCUUGUGUUUUUACUGCCACAUUUCCUCAGACAAUAAAACGUGAACAACUGAAUUACAUCCUCA